AUGUUACCCGGCUUGGCCGCCGCCGCUGCGGCCCACAGAUGCGGCUGGUCCUCUUGGUGCCGGCUGCGUCUGCGCUGCAGGGCGGCGGCCCGCAGCUCCUGCCACCGUCAGGAAUGGCAGAAUUUAGUGACGUUUGGAAGCUUUUCAAGCUUGGUUACCUGUAAUCACCCAUACGUUUGUACACUGAAUCAAGUAAAGUUGUAUUCCACCAACGUUCAGAAGGAAGGACAAGGAUCACAGACGAGCCAGGUAGAAAAAGUACCAACACUUGAAAUGGCAGAAGAUAUAGGCGCUGAACUCAAAGCCCCACUUAUGAAGCAAGAACCUCUCCAAGUAAGAGUCAAAGCAGUGCUGAAGAAGAGGGAAUAUGGACCAAAGUACACCAAGAAUAAUUUUAUCACUGGAGUCAGAGCAAUAAAUGAGUUCUGUCUGAAGUCCAGUGAUCUAGAACAACUUCGAAAAAUCCAACGGCGAAGUCCUCAUGAAGAUACUGAGUCUUUUACUGUGUACUUGAGAUCAGAUGUGGAGGCAAAAUCUUUGGAAGUUUGGGGAAGCCCUGAAGCCCUUGCUAGAGAGAAAAAACUGCGUAAAGAAGCAGAAAUAGAAUACAGAGAGCGACUAUUUAGAAACCAGAAAAUUUUAAGAGAAUAUAGAGACUUCUUAGGAAAUACCAAGCCACGCUCCGGGACAACCUCAGUGUUUCUCAAGGGACCAGGAAAAGUGGUGAUGGUUGCUAUUUGCAUCAAUGGAUUAAACUGUUUCUUUAAGUUUCUUGCCUGGAUUUAUACGGGUUCAGCUAGUAUGUUCUCAGAAGCCAUCCAUUCAUUAUCUGAUACAUGUAAUCAGGGUUUACUAGCAGUGGGCAUCAGUAAGUCUGUUCAAACACCAGACCCAUCUCAUCCGUAUGGAUUUUCAAAUAUGCGCUAUAUUGUUUCACUGAUUAGUGGUGUUGGUAUUUUCAUGAUGGGUGCAGGACUGUCUUGGUACCAUGGCAUCAUGGGAUUGCUUAAUCCUCAACCAAUAGAAUCUCUCCUAUGGGCAUAUUGCAUUUUAGCAGGAUCGUUGGUAUCAGAAGGAGCAACACUUCUUGUUGCUGUCAAUGAAUUACGUCGGAGUGCUCAAGCCAAGGGACUCUCAUUUUAUAAGUAUGUUGUUGGCAGUCAUGAUCCUAGUACCAAUGUUAUAUUGUUAGAGGAUACUGCAGCAGUCUUGGGAGUGGCAGUAGCAGCUACUUGCAUGGGUCUUACUUCUCUAACAGGGAAUCCGCUAUAUGACAGCCUGGGUUCUUUGGGUGUAGGCACGUUAUUAAGUGUAGUUUCUGCAUUCCUCAUCUACACCAACACAGAAGCACUUUUAGGACGAUCCAUCCAGCCAGAAAAAGUACAGCGGCUAACUGAAUUCCUGGAGAAUGACCCAUCAGUCAGGGCAAUUCAUGAUGUUAAAGCCACAGAUCUGGGAUUAGGUAAAGUGAGAUUUAAGGCAGAAGUAGAUUUUGAUGGACGAGUUGUUACAAGAUUAUAUUUGGAAAAACAAGAUUUUGACCAAUUGUUACAAGAAAUUCAAGAAGUGAAAACUCCUGAAGAUCUAGAAACAUUUAUGCUUAAACAUGGAGAAAAUAUUAUUGAUACUUUAGGAGCUGAAGUAGAUAGACUUGAGAAGGAAUUGAAGAAACGAAAUCCUGAAAUUCGACAUGUUGAUUUGGAGAUACUGUGA